ACCAUCAUUGAGUGAUCGUGUUGGUGGGCGUGCACACUGCACACAGCAUGUAGCUAGCUACUUUUAAAUGAUAAAUGACGACGGUGGUCGUACGAGCACGUCGCUCUAUUUAUUUUUCCUCUUGUUCGUCCGCUCGAUCUCUAACGUUGACAGAGUUCGAAUCAAGGCGGGACGCCUGGCGGACUGAAGCGAAUGCUGCAUUCUGACUGGGCGACUUGAUAUUGAAGUUAACGCUAGCUAAGACGCACAAUACGAGGAUGGGGUGCGCGCGCUAACGUCAACGGCGAAACCCCCCGGGGAGCGUUCACAUAUUUUUGUAAGGAUGCGCGGCGUGCGGGGAUGACAGGAAGAUGGCAAACGGCGUUGGAAAACACAAGCUGCUUGUGAUCGGCCCAACAGAAGCAUGGUCACUCAGGGAGAAGCUGUGUUUGGCCACAUCGGUUAUGAGGAGUGGAGAUCAGAACUGGGUCUCUGUCAGUCGAGCCAUCAAACCAUUUGCAGAACCCGGGCGGCCACCUGACUGGUUCUCUCAAAAGCACUGUGCCUCCAAGUAUUCUGAGCUCUUAGAAAACACUGACGCCCCAAAGAGGAAGCGAGGCGAGAAAGGGGAGGUGGUAGAGACGGUGGGGGAUGUGAUAGUGCGCAGGCUGACGACUCAGAGGAUUGAGGAAUUAAAAAAGUUAAUCAAACAAACGCAAGAGGAGCACAGGACACUGAAGAGAGAGUCGGAACUUAUUCAAGCUGGCCAUCUAGACUCCAAACUGGAAGAAUUAUGGAAGGAAAUUCAGCGGAAACAGAAACUAGAAGAGGAAGAAGCAGAGUUGAAAAGAAAAGUCACAGACGCUGCCUAUCAGGCCAGACAGGUAGCAAAGAACACACCUCGGCGUGUGGCAGGCACCGCCAUGCAUUCACCCACGGGUUGUAACUCAACCAGCCUGGAGUUUCCCUCUGCUGACCCUCUCCCGUGCUCUCAUUCCGAUUUUUCAUCUACAAAAGAUGCUUCAGGUCCUGUCAGAUCAAUGUCAUUUGCCGACUCUUCCGGUUCGGGUAACGAGAACCCGCUACUUGGUGAUGACCCCACCCAGAAGAAAGUCCUGGCCCAGAGAGGUACACCACCCCCGUCUCCACUCCUCUCUGAGCUGCUGAAGAAAGGCAACAUUUUGGCCACGACAUCCAGAUUGACUGGAGAGCGUGACGUACCUGCUGGUAAUAUGACUGUAGCACACGACUUGCAGUUGACGCUGCCCUUUUCUCCAGCAUCAGGUGCUCCAAUGUUAUCUCGACUCCUCGAGGCGGGACCCUCCCAGUUCUCAGCACAGUUAGGAUUCAUGGUCAGCACAGACUCCAGCACCACCCCUGCGCCAGUGAAAUCUGCGGCCUCAGCAUGUUCAGAGGUGGAUGUGAUCGCACCAUCUGCGUCCUUUGGGUGCCAGCCUCCCCCCGUAGGUGUGAAAGUGUCCGAGCCGAGUGAGGAGGAUGUGACAGUUUCCUAUAUGGCAGAUGAACUGGAUCUGAAGACGGUCGGGGACAUCAUCGCAAUCAUCGAGGACAAGGCUGCAGAUGCUUUGGAUGCGGCUGCAGUCGAAGCCGCUCUCUUCCUGUGCGAAGAGAACGGCCACACUCUUCCCGGCUCCUGGCAGGCCGAGCCGUUCCAUACCCAAGACCCCCCGGGGGUUCCUCGGUCUUCAUCUCUCAUCCGAAGCCCGACAAGGAAUCAAGCAGACGAGUUAGACAUUCAGGGCAAAACUUCAGCCGAGCUCUCCUCUGCGUGCAGUAGUCAAGAAAACUGUGAUGCGGAGAGCCCAGUGGGACAGAGUGGCCUUCCACCAACCUCCUCAUGCGAUGUCAGGAGUUUUGUGCAGCGCCUCAGCGGAGCACCUGCACAGCUCGAGGCCAUGAGAGAUGCGGUGCACCAUAAAAGCCACAUGCCUUUGCAAGAGAGAUGGGCACAGCAAAGAUCUGAAACCACCAGUCAGGAAUCAGUAUUAGAAGAUUCGCUAGUGACAGAAAGACAGGAGAUAAAGGAGGAGAGUGACGUAUGUGUCGAUAGUAAAGACAAUGCCUCAGGGACAAAUUUAGACAAUGAGGUCAACGGGCCAGAAGACGAUGAGGAUGACGAGGAGGAGGAAGAUGGGGAUGGCGUCGAGGGGUUUUCGUCAGAGCCUGACGGAGAGAUGGAGAUGGAGCGCGCGGCCAGCGAGAGCGAGGACGCGUGCAGCCUCCACACAGCUUCGUCAUCAUUGCAGCUCCACACCACGGCCGACUCCAUCCCCAGCAGCCCCGCGUCGUCACAGUUCUCUUUGUGCAGCGAGGACCUGGAGGCUCUGCAAGCUCACAAGAUCUGGAAGAAGGCCAUUAUGUUGGUUUGGCGUGCGGCUGCCAAUCACAGGUAUGCAAAUGUCUUCCUGCAGCCGGUGACAGAUGAAAUUGCACCAGGAUAUCAUAGCAUUGUGCACAGGCCCAUGGACCUGGCAACCAUUAAGAAGAACAUCGAAAGUGGUUCCAUGCGAACCACAGCCGAGUUCCAGCGGGACAUCAUGCUGAUGUUUCAGAACGCAGUCAUGUACAACAGCCUGGAUCACGACGUGUACCACAUGGCCGUGGAGAUGCAGCGUGACGUCCUGGAGCAGAUCCAGCAGUUUCUAGCCACCCAGCUCAUCAUGGAGACCUCCGAGUCCGGUAUUGGCGCCAAAGGCCUGAGGGGCCGUGAGGGGUUGCGACGGCAGGACUCCACAGACAAGGACGCCUUCUCCAUGUCCUCUCCUGCUUUUCUGCUGUCUCUUUUUGAUGGAGGCACCAGAGGGCGCCGCUGUGCCAUUGAAGCUGACCUCAAAAUGAAGAAAUGAACAAAACAGGCAGAAUAAUUUAAAUCUGACACUGUAAGUGAAACGUGUUAAUACUUCCAAGAUUUAAAUGAUAAAGAAUCCCGCCCCUUCUCAAUCGGCGUCAUGUGUAAUCCCCAACUUGCUCUCAGUUUUCCAAUGAGCUGCAGACUGGAUGUGGGGAAGCUCCUAUCUUGCAGAAAUGGAUUACGUGUAAUCCCAGAUUACAAAAGGGGAUUCCGAAAGAGUGGGUCAAAGCCUGUGAUAGCUCCACAUCACUCAUGGCCUGCUCACAGGCAAGAACAUCAGGUUGUAUAAGUGUCUAUAAAGCCUCAAAAUCAACUAAUCCUUCAGGCGGGCUGCAUCUGGUCUACAUUAGUGCGGUGGACUGAACGGUGAUAAAUGCACUACAGUAAACGUAAAGACACUGUGUGAAAACAGAGGCCAAAGACUUUGGUUUGCUUGACUUUUUUUUAGGUGGUGUUACCUUAUUAAGGCAUUAAGGGGGAAAAAAGAAACCUUUAUUUUUUCCUCAUUUUACCAACCUUUAAAUAAUUUUAAAUGUAUAUUUUGUGUUUGUUUUGCGCAUACCUACCUAUAUUUUGAGUGAAGCAGUACUGUGGUAAUCUCACUGUGUUUUGUGGAUGUAAUAAUAAUAACACUACUUUUAAACAAUAAAUUCAAGUUUGGCUUGUA